AUGGCAGAAGCGAGAAAAGAGCUGGCCGGCGGCGGCCUUCCAGAAGUUGAAUCCACGCAGUGGCCUCUGCAGCGGUAUGGCCGCUUCAUGCCUUCGGGCACAGGCGACUCUCCUAUGCCCGGCCUGGAAGCUGGGAAAACCGCUUCUCCGACAUGGAAGGUUUUUGAUUCCAAUGAAGAAUCUGGGUAUCUUGUUCUCACCUUAGUUGUCUCAGGCCAUUUGUUCAUUUCUCAAGGACAAACACUUCUGGAAGGGUUUUCACUCAUCAGCAGCAAGAACUGGCUGAAGAUCGUAAGACGCAUGGAUUGUCUGUUGUUUGGAACAACAAUAAAGAGCAAAAGCCGCAUGUUUCGAGUACAGUUUAGUGGAGAGUCGAAGGAGCAGGCGCUGGAACGCUGCUGCAAUUGCGUGCAAAGCCUGGCCCAGUACAUCACCGUCCAGGUACCUGAUGGAAUCAGCCAGGAGCUGCCACCGAGGGCUGGCCCAUUGAGGGCAGCUGAAAGCGCAGGGCAGGAGUGGCCUGAGAGUGUCCCGUUGCAGCCUGGCUUACACCAGAACCCAGAGCAGCUGCGCAGUACAUCCGGCCCAAGCACUCCUGAGGGAAGAGCCUCGAUGACACGCUUAGCUCAGUCUCUCCUGACAUCGGAGGAGCUUUCGCUUGCCUAUAGCCAGUCUGCAUGGGGUGCUGAGGAGAUAGGCCCUGUUCUCCGCUUGUGCCUAAUGGACCAGAAUUUCCCAGCAUUUGUGGAAGAGGUGGAAAAGGAACUAAAAAAGCUGACAGGAUUGAGAAAUUAA